UUUUAUUUUUAGAAGCCCUACCCGCAGGCCGCAGCAAGAAGGCCAAGCCGAUCAUACGCACGCCCUUGUUUUAUUCACCCUUACACUCUUUCACCACUCACCGUUUCUCUCUUUCAACACAGACGGCCGGCACGCCACCGGAGUAGCCCUCUUUAAUAGGGGUUAGAGAUGGCUGGAAAAUCGAACAAAGGGAAGAAUCGGAAAGGGCAAAAUGCCACCAGUGCUACUGAGCAUAAAGUGCCAUCUGAUGCUCCUAUGAGUGAUUGUGUAAGUUCAGAAGCUAAUGGAAAUGCAGAAUUGAGUGUAUCCGCUGAUAUGAAGACUGAAAUGAAAGAGUCUUCGAAUGGGGCUCCAGGGGACCAGCCGAAGGAAGGUGGUAUCCAUCUAUAUCCAGUUACUGUUAAAACUCAAGGGGGUGAAAAACUAGAGCUUCAACUGAGUCCUGGGGAUUCUGUUAUGGAUGUGAAGCAGUUUCUUCUUGAUGCUCCAGAGACAUGUUUCUUUACUUGUUAUGACCUGUUAUUGCACACAAAGGAUGGAUCAAAUUAUCAUCUAGAGGAUUAUAAUGAAAUUUCUGAGGUAGCUGAUAUCACCUCUGGAAGCUGCUCCCUAGAGAUGGUUCCUGCAUUAUAUGAUGAUCGAUCUAUUAGGGCUCAUGUUCACCGUACUCGAGAAUUGUUAUCUCUUUCCAGUUUGCAUUCCUCUCUCUCAACAUCACUUGCACUACAGCAUGAAUCAGGGCAACCAACAGCUGCCAAAUCUGGAGAGCCAAUCAAAGCUGAUAUACCAGAACUCGAUAAUAUGGGUUUUGUGGACAAUAUUUCCAGUUCCCUCUCCAAUUUGUUAUCAACAAUUUUCAAGGAGGUGAAAUGUGUGGAGAGUAUUGUGUUCUCUUCAUUUAAUCCUCCUCCCAGCUACAGAAGGCUUGCUGGAGAUUUGAUUUAUUUGGAUGUAGUAACCCUUGAGGGAAACAAAUAUUCUAUUACAGGAACAACUAAAAACUUCUAUGUUAAUUCAAGCACUGCAAAUGUGCUUGAUCCAAGACCAAGUAAAACUGCCUCCGAAGCAACAACUCUAAUUGGACUUUUGCAAAAGAUUAGCUCAAAGUUUAAGAAAGCCUUUCGAGAAAUAUUGGAGCAGAAGGCCUCUGCACAUCCUUUUGAAAAUGUUCAAUCUCUACUGUCCCCAAAUUCAUGGCUUGGCUCCUAUCCCAUUCCUGAUCACACACGUGAUGCAGCUAGGGCAGAAAAUGCUUUGACACUCUCCUUUGGAAGUGAGCUGAUUGGGAUGCAAAGAGAUUGGAAUGAAGAGUUGCAAUCCUGUCGGGAAUUUCCGCAUGGGACACCACAGGAAAGGAUCUUGCGAGAUAGGGCCCUUUACAAAGUCACUUCUGACUUUGUAGAUGCUGCAACUAGUGGUGCUAUUGGAGUCAUCAGCAGAUGUAUACCACCAAUCAACCCAACCGAUCCAGAGUGCUUUCAUAUGUAUGUCCACAAUAACAUAUUCUUCAGCUUUGCUGUUGAUGCGGACCUUGAACAAUUGUCCAAGAGGAAGACCUCUGACUCUCUUUCAGAAGUUGAGAUCACAAGCCCAAUUCAAUUAUCAUCUGAGAAGAUCCCCAACAAUUUACCACAUGGAGCUUCUGAAAUUUCAAAUGGGGAGAAACCCACUGCUUCUAGUGCUGAACAUGUAAAUGGCAUGUUGGAUUCAGCCGUUGGAGGACCUGCUGAGAAUCAGUUGGCUGAAAGUGAGCAAGCCACACAUGCAAGUGCAAACAAUGACCUGAAAGGCACAAAGGCAUAUCAAGAAGCUGAUGUCCCUGGGCUAUACAAUCUUGCAAUGGCCAUAAUUGAUUACAGAGGUCACAGGGUCGUUGCACAGAGUGUUUUACCUGGCAUCCUUCAAGGUGAUAAAUCAGACUCCCUUCUGUAUGGUUCUGUUGAUAAUGGGAAGAAAAUAUGCUGGAAUGAAAAAUUUCACUCCAAGGUAGUUGAAGCUGCAAAGCGUCUCCACUUGAAGUUACAUGCUGUCUAUGAUGGAUCUGGAAAUAUUUUUGAGUUGGCUGCACCAGUGGAGUGCAAGGGUAUUGUUGGCAGUGAUGACAGGCAUUAUAUAUUGGACCUGAUGAGAGUCACACCUCGUGAUGCCAAUUAUAGCGGUCCAGGUUCCAGAUUUUGUAUUUUGAGGCCUGAGUUGAUAACUGCAUUUUGCCAAGUUGAAGCUACAGAUAGGUCAAAAUCAAAGUGCAAGGCUGAGGGAGAGGUUCAAGAGACUAGUGAUUCUUCAGAUGCAAAUAAUGCUGAUGAAAUUCCUAGAACUGAGGAUAAUGUCCCGAGCCAGGUUGACAAAGAGGAAAAAUUAAGCGAAAGUAAUGAUGCUAAAGAAUGCUGUUCUCAGUCAGGGAGCAAAGAUGAUAUCCCUGAGGAGAUACUUUUUAAUCCUAAUGCUUUCACCGACUUCAAGUUGGCUGGGAAUAAAGAGGACAUAGCUGCUGAUGAAGAACUUGUGAAGAAAGUUAGUUUGUAUCUUAAAGAUGUUGUGCUUCCAAAGUUUGUACAUGACCUCUGCGCACUUGAAGUCUCACCCAUGGAUGGGCAGACUUUAACUGAAGCACUUCAUGCCCAUGGGAUUAAUUUACGUUAUCUUGGAAAAGUUGCUGAGGGAACUAGGCAUUUCCCUCAUUUGUGGGAUCUUUGUUCUAAUGAAGUUGUUGUUAGGUCAGCUAAACACAUUUUCAAGGAUGUCAUGAGAGAUUCAGAAGACCAUGACCUUGCAAAUGCCAUCUCACAUUUUUUUAACUGUUUCUUUGGAAACAUCCAAACUACAUCUAACAAAGUUGGCACAAAUUCUGUGCAUUCUAGAAAUCAAAAGAAGGAUCAUCAUUCUUCAGGGAAGUUUUCCAAGGGACAGGCAAAGAAGAAAAGUGCAGUGUCUGCAGUAAAGAAGCAAUCUUCAUAUAUGAAUGUCACAUCUGAUAGUUUGUGGUCUGACAUCAAAGAAUUUUCAAAACAAAAGUAUCAGUUUGAAUUGCCUGACGAUGCAAGAUUACGGGUAAAGAAAAUUCCAGUUUUACGCAAUCUUUGCCUGAAGGUUGGAGUAACCGUUGCAGCUCGAAAAUAUGAUCUUGAUGCUGUCACACCUUUUCAAGCAACUGAUAUUUUGAAUCUUCAACCGGUGGUGAAGCAUUCUAUCCCAAUCAGUUCAGAAGCAAAGGAUCUGGUGGAAACAGGAAAGGCUCAAUUAGCUGAGGGUUUGCUUAAUGAGGCCUAUUUAUUGUUUUCUGAAGCAUUCACAAUACUUCAGCAGGUUACUGGUCCAAUGCAUAGGGAAGUUGCCAACUGUUGUCGAUAUCUAGCUAUGGUUCUGUACCACGCCGGUGAUAUGGCAGGUGCAAUAGCGCAACAGCACAAGGAACUUAUCAUUAAUGAACGCUGCCUUGGACUGGAUCACCCGGACACUGCUCAUAGCUAUGGAAAUAUGGCUCUUUUCUACCAUGGGCUCAGCCAAACGGAACUUGCAUUGCGGCACAUGUCAAGGGCUUUACUUCUACUUGGGUUGUCUUCUGGUCCCGAUCAUCCUGAUGUUGCUGCAACUUUUAUAAAUGUUGCGAUGAUGUACCAAGAUAUUGGAAAGAUGGAUACUGCUCUUCGAUACCUGCAAGAAGCCUUGAAAAAGAAUGAGAGACUCCUAGGAGAAGAUCAUAUUCAAACUGCUGUCUGCUAUCACGCACUGGCAAUCGCCUUUAAUUGUAUAAGUGGUUAUAAGGUGUCCCGCCAGCAUGAGCAGAAGACAUAUGAUAUUUUAGUGAAACAACUUGGAGAGGACGAUCCAAGGACAAAGGAUUCUCUGAAUUGGUUGAACACAUUUAAGAUGCGUGAGUUACAGUUGAAUGCUCAAAAGCAGAGGGGUCAAGCUUUAAAUGAGACUUCAGCUCACAAGGCUUAUGACAUUUUGAAGGCCAAUCCUAGUAUAUUACAAGCUUUUCAAGCUGCCACUGGUGGUGCUGGGUUAGCUGGUGUGAAUCAAUCUCUAAAUGCUGCCAUGCUUGGUGAAGCCUUACCCCGAGGAAGAGGAGUCGAUGAAAGAGCUGCCCGUGCAGCUGCAGAAGUACGGAAGAAAGCUGCUGCGAAGGGUCUUCUAUUACGGCCUAAUGCUGGUGCCGUGCAGGGUUUGCCCCCACUUUCUCAGAUACUAAACGUAUUAAACCCCGGGGUAACACCUGACCCUGUAAAUAGGGUUGAAACUGAUGGAGCAAAUAAAGAAGCAAACGGGGACUCCACAGAUACACCUGCCGAUGCCCAAGGGGACAACUCCAAACCCGAGCAACCAGAUGAGGCACCAGUCGGAUUAGGCAGCGGUUUGGCAUCACUCAAUGCCAAGAAGCAGAAGUCUAAACCCAAGGUCACAUCCUGAAACUUACUUCAGAAUAUUCUAGCAGUAGCUACAAUUGAUUGGUAUCACCACACAUGAAACUUAGUAUACUUUCCAUUCAUCCUGCACCCUGGUAUUAGAGAUGCAGCCCCAAUAAGCGGUGCAAAAGUUUGCAUCUUGUGCGUUUAACUUGAGGAAUUGUAUUUUUGAGUCGAAAAUAUGCACUAGUCAGGUGGUGCAGCUUCUUUCUUUUUGGGGGAAAGUGUUGGUUGGAGGGGAUGGGGUGGGUGGGUUGUUUCAAUUUCUCUGCAUUUUGAUGUCUUAAAAAUUUUGAUGCCCUCCCCUUGGAGUUCAAUUUAACUUUGUGGCUUGUUUCUUAUUUCCAUUCUUUAAAUUUUACCUGUAAUAAAUUUUGCCGCAUAUUCACUAAUUA